GAUAGCGGUACAUAGUGGCCAUCAAUUGGCCAAGAAUAUACAGAUACCCAAUUGAAUCGAAAUGCAGCGGAGUGCAACGAAGAGAGUGCCCCAUUAGCAGUAGUCUGCCGUGGGUGCCCACUUUUGAUCAGUCGUUUGAGAACGGUGCAGCGGUGUAAGCAUGUUCAGGACUUCGAUCUCAAUCGCCGUGCUUCUCCAGCUCCUGCUGGUGUCCUUCGGAGGAGCAUACACCCUUCCGCCGGUGGUGCAGAUGGGUGGUGCCAUCGUGGCCGCCGUCGAGCAGGACGCCGAGCAUGAAGCUGCCACCGAGGAGCGGCAGCGAGUGGAGCGACAGUGGCUAUCGAUGGCCGAAACACAAUUGCACAGCCUGAUCAGAGACGAUCUGAGCCCAGAGGCGGUUAACAACAUGCUGGAGACGUGGUCCUCCGAAGGUCGCGGUAAGCACAAAAAGCAAAAAAAGCUCAAGAAAAUAGUAUAUCCGCUUCUGGCCGCCGUAGCCGUUGCCAAAAUCGUUCUGCUACCCUUGGUCCUGAAAUGGCUGACGGCGCUUUCGACCUCGUCGUUUGUCAUGGGCAAAAUCGCCUUGGUCACAUCCGGUAUUUUGGCUCUGAAAUGGAUUUUGUCCGGAGGACAGGCACACAACCGCCUGGAGAUAGUUCACUCUCACGCUCCACUCGUUAAAGGAUUAGCCGGCAGUGACUUAUCCUCCAGUGGAAGCAGUUGGAUGCCUAUUCGACAGCCCUUUAUACCUUUGGUAUCCAAAGACCACAGCUUUGAAAACCUGUAUAAGCCAUUUUUAUAGGUUAGUUUGAAGAAGAAAAGUGAGAGCACGGAAAGUUAAUUUUACUUAAAGUAUCGCAAAACUCAAUGCCUUUCAAAUGUUGCACAAGGAAAAGGCUAAGCCGCAGCCUUUGGUUCAUAAGAAUAAAUGUAAAUAGCAAAUGUUAA